AGGGCGGUCCACAUAGAGAUAGAAACUUUUAGAACCCACCAUGCUCGUUUCGGCACUUCCGGUCAAACUGAACGGCUCUAUCCGCUAACUACCCGCGCGACGGUUUUCCUCGUAGGCCUCCCGAGAUGAGAUGCUCACCGGAAGUACGCGUUUGAAUUUUUUGUUUAAUUUUACGACUUUGGGGCAGGAGGACGGCUUUGGAAAGGACGCUUUCACCUACCAUAGAGAAAAAGCGGCACAGGAAGUCUAGUCCCGUUUCACCUGGCGGGGGAACGCUUUGAGGAGUGCACAUUUCCUGUUUCCUAGCAACAAAAGGAAGUAUUUGUUGUUGCCCUCUCCUCCGAGACUCCUGCCAGUGGACCCCGGGGUCUCGAGGCAGGAGGCGUUGCGGGGGCCCUCAGCCCGGCGUGCGGGACCCGGCAGGGAGCGGCGGGGCGUCCGAGGGGCCCGGAGGACUUGGGCUGCCCGGCUUGCCUCCCCCGUUUUGUUCCCCUCGGGCCGUUCCGUCCGUUGCUCGCUGAGCAGGAGGCGAAGGGCUCGGCGGGUCUCUUCCCGGGAAACGGAGGGGCGUCGUGGGGCCUCUUUUCUACCUCAGGGCGGGAUCCCGCGCGGACUCUGAAUCCCGCCCGUCCACCUCGACCCUCCCGGGAACGGGGGUCGUGGACGGGGCGCCUCGGUCGCGCUCCUGAAUCCGAAUCUCAGGGUUUUCGGCCCCGCUCGUAGCUGCUGGUCGCGGCCUCCUCCGACGCCCGAACGCCGCCUCUCCUGUGGAUGCCUUAGAAACCCUGGAAUUCCUGCGGGCUGCUGCUCCCCUACUUGAACUGGAUGCUUCCCGGUGGGAUGUCCUGAAAUGCACUGGAGUCUGUCCUUGGAGGUCCAGCUCCCAGCCUCUCUCAGCACUCAGGGUCCUCAUGUCUUCUCCAGCCUCUGGGGCUGAGGCUUCUUCCGUGAUACCUCCUGCUCCGAAGAUGGGGCUCUGAAGGCCUGCCUUGAUCCUGAAGAAUGUCGCCUUUGAAUGCCUUUGCCCUUGGGAAAUUCAGGGGGCCUACUUUGUAGCUUGAACUCUGCCCCAGACCAGAAAAGUCAACUUCCACAACUCAUCCGCAGCUUGUUUGUGCGUGUUUUAAUGUACGUUAAUAUGUCUGGGUCUUGGCCGUAUUCCCUGCUUUUGGGAGAAGGAAAUUUGUGUCAGUGGCUCCUGAUAAAUAAUUUUUAUGCUCAUCUGGAAAAUUCAGAAUGAUCUGAGAGGUCUUGGAAUGGUUGGAGAGAAGAGGGGACCAGAGGCUGUGCGCUGGGACCAAGGGGUGCUCCCAAAUGCCCGUGGCUCCCUCUUUAAAGAGAGCCAGAAUAAUCCAGGAGGAUACUGGAUGUGAGCAAUGGCUGAGGGGGAUGCCGCCCUGACCUGCGAGCCGCCCGUGGUGCAGGAGGAGCGGCCCUACAAAUGCCAGCAGUGCCCGCGGAGCUACCGCCAUGCUGGCAGCCUGGUGAAUCACCGCCGGACCCAUGAGGUGGGCCUUUUCUGCUGCCUGCUGUGCCACAAAGAUUUCUCCAACCCUAUGUCUCUGAAGAGCCACCUGCGCACUCAUACGGACGAGAAGCGUCACAGGUGCCCAGACUGCGGGAGAAGCGUCCGAGCUUCCUCCCAGCUUCCUGGCCACCACUGCCUGGCUCGGGCCAACCAGGAGCAGGAGGAGGAGGAAGAAGGCAAGAGCAGUGGGAGUUGCAGCUUCCAAAGGAGCCGGGACCCAUCUUCCUCUGGUGUGGACCCUGGUUCUGGGCUGGAAGGCAGUGGCGGGAGCCUGCUGACCAACCUGGAGAAGUACAUUGCUGAGUCAGUGGUGCCCGCUGACUUUUCUCAGCAGGAGUUUCUGACCAAGGCGGAAGGGGAGAAGCAGGAGCUGCUCCCAGGGCCCGGGGAGGAGGGGGAAGAGCCUGGGCUCCUGGCAGCCACGGAGGAUGAGCGCCGCUACAAGUGCAACCAGUGCGACAAGGCCUACAAGCAUGCCGGCAGCCUGACCAACCACAAGCAGAGCCACGCACUGGGGACCUAUCAGUGUGCCAUGUGCCACAAGGAGUUCUCCAACCUCAUGGCCCUCCGGAGCCACGCUCGCCUCCACUCCGAGUACCGGCCCUACAAGUGCCGGUUCUGCCACAAGGCCUUCCGGCUGCCUUCGGAGCUGCUGAGCCACCAGAAGGCCCACGGCCAGGAGGAGAGCAGAUCCGCAGACCGGCCGGCCUGGGAGGAUUCGGAGCACGACCUUUGGGAGGAGGACUCCAUAGAAACCUUGGCAAAGCUGGAUAUCUAUCAGCCGCCCCCGGUGGGCACAGGCUUUGGGGACAGGGCCCCCUGUAGCCUCAAAGACACCUCCAAGGCUGGUGGUGGAGAACGCUGCAACCCCGAUGGGGAGCUGUGUGUCCGCUGCGGUGGGACCUUCACAGAUGAGGAGGAGCUGAAGGAACACAGCUGCCUUUACCCAGAGGAGGCCGACGAAGAAGAGGCGGAAGGCAGCAGCCCUUUGCAAGCAGGGCCCAGCACCAAUGGGGCUUGGGAAGCGCGUUUGAAGGGCGAGGACGGCUAUCCUGUGUCUGAAGAGCGUCCCUUCCGCUGCGGGGACUGUGGCCGGACAUACCGCCACGCAGGGAGCCUUAUUAACCACAAGAAGAGCCACCAGAUUGGGGUGUACAGUUGUACCGUCUGUUCAAAACAGUUGUACAAUCUGGCCGCCUUGAAGAACCAUUUGCGGGUCCACCUCAGGUCCAAGCUCAACUCCUCAGCCCCGGAAGAGGCCUCCCAGCACCCGUCUGGGAUUUUGGACCCCCAGAAAGCACAGGAUUGCCCCGACGACUGCCCGACGCAGCCCUUGGACCCCUGGAGGGGAGCCACCUGUCCAAAAGAAGAGGAGGAAAGGGCUGCUGGGGAAGAAGAGCGACCCUACCGUUGCGAAGAUUGCGGACGGAGUUACCGGCACCGUGGCAGUCUUGUGAACCAUCGCCACACUCAUCAGACGGGAAUCUUCCAGUGCUCCAUCUGCCCCAAGCAAUACUCCAAUCUCAUGGCACUCCGGAAUCACGUCCGCGUACAUUUGCGGGCCGCGCGCAUGUGGGGCAGAGAACUAGGGGACGGCUUGACCUGCAGUAAUUGUGGAGAGAGUUUUGAGGAAGAGGCUGAAUUCCAACUUCAUCAGCUGCGCCACCUGCCCUGCGCAGAGGACAUAGAGGCGGUGGAGGCCCCGCGGCUUGGCGUCUUUCACUCUCAGGAAGCAGAUCUCCUUCAGACCAUCAAGCAGGAUGUAGAAGCCCUGGAGAACGGAGCAGCUGUGGCUGAGGACAUCCUUCCGGCCGCGGAGGCGUCUCAUGUUUGUCACCAGUGUGGGUUGGCCUUUUCCACCCUGGCUGGGCUGCAGAAUCAUGCCGUGCAACACAGCAGUGGAGGGGAGCAUUUGGAAGGGGGGGCCGAGGGAACCGACCCCCCUGUUUCUAUCCAGCGCCUCUAUGAGUGCGACCUGUGUGGCAAAUCAUACCGGCAUUCGGGAAGCCUCAUCAAUCACAAGCAGACGCACCAGACUGGGGACUUCAGCUGUUCCCUUUGCAGCAAACACUUCCAAAAUGUCGCCUCCCUUAAGAGCCACUUGCGUGGCCAUCAGAGGCCCAGAAGAGGACCGUCUGAGGCACUGGUGACCCUGAACGAGGAGACGGAAACUGAAGCCAGCACUGCCGUGCCCGUGACGUUGUCUUUGGUGGAGGACCUGGGAGAUAGAGGCAGCAUUCUGGAAGAAGAUGUGACAGUGAAUGGCUGGCAGUCACAGGUGUCUUCACCGUUGCCUGGCGAUCCUGAAGGGCUUCCCUACCUGUGCGAGCAGUGUGGGCUGGGCUUUGACCAGGCCAAGAACUUGAUUGACCACAGGCAGAUCCAUCAAACUGGCAUCUACCAGUGUUCCCUCUGCCCCAAAGAAUAUCCCACACUUCUGGCUCUAAAAAACCACUUCCACGCACAUGCCAAGUCCACCGCAUCCAACCAGGACAACUCUGUGGGUGAAGGCCUCACUGAGGAGCAGCCCUUUCUCUGUAGCCUCUGCGGCAUGAUCUUCCCCAGCGAGGAGAGCCUCCAGCAUCACCACAGCCUUUUGCACGAGGAGGGCGAAACACCGAGCGACAGCCAGGAUGUGCUGAAAAGGGAAACAGAGGAACAGCUGGAUGGCGCAGGGGCUCAAGAAGAGGACCAGCUCCUCUCCCACAUCUGUGGCUAUUGUGGGCAGACGUUUGACGAUAUGGCCAGCUUGGAAGAGCACAGCAGCGGGCAUCUGGAAGAGAAAGCUGCAGCCUUAGCUGAUACAUCUAUCCAGCUCCGGCGAGCUCCACGCAUAGAGGAUGACCCGCCCCCUCCGCCCCCAACUCUGGUGGAAGCACUGGCUGCUGCUGAAGUGCCCCUGGACAGCCGGCCUUAUGCCUGCGGUCAGUGUGGCAAGACCUACCGGCAUGGGGGCAGCUUAGUCAAUCACAAAAAGAUCCACCUGAUUGGAGAUUACCAGUGCAGCAUCUGCUGUCGGCAGUACCGUAAUCUGUCUGCCUAUCGGAAUCACCUUCGAAACCAUCCAAGAUGCAAAACGAGCGGCGGCGUCCCGCAGCUCCGGCAACCAAUCCCUGCUGCAGAAGGGGGGCUGCAGUGUGCUUAUGAGAGGCUGAAGGACAAGCCUUGUGAUGGUUCCCAAAAUGGAGAGGCUCCUCCGAGCAAUUCUUUCCUUGCCUCUCCUGUUGGAAAAGAAAGAUUGGAACAAGGAGAAGAGUUGAACUCAAGCCUGUCUGAGAGCAGAGGGGCCCAGGAGCAUGAUGUUUCUGGAGGGAGGGAUGAGAAAAAGGCCCCCCAGGCACUACAGGGAACAGAGGUGACUAAGAAGGAGGAAGAAGGAGCAGGAGAGGAGAAGGGUCCUCAGGCGGAAGAGGAAGGCUCUCCCUUGGAACGCCCCUUCCAGUGCAAUGUUUGUGGGCGCAGCUACAAGCAUGCAGGCAGUCUGAUCAACCACAAACAGACACACAAGACUGGCCUCUUUCACUGCAGCAUUUGCCAGAAGCAGUUCUACAACCUCAUGGCCCUCAAAAACCACAACCGCACCCACUUUGAAACCAAACGCUAUCGAUGUUCUGAGUGCCCCAAGGCGUUUCGGCUCCAGAAGCAGUUGGCCAGCCACCAGCGUGUGCAUCGGGACCGGAAACUGGAGCCUUCUUUCCACUCUGUCCCGAGGCCCUUUCGGGUCAAGCGAGCAGGCAAGGCGCCGUCUGUAACGCUCCUUCCAACCACCACUAAGCAUCCUCCGGAUCCUGAAGAUCGUCCUUACAGGUGUGGGCAGUGUGGGCGCUCGUACCGCCACGCAGGCAGCUUGCUCAACCAUCAGAAGAGCCACAAGGUUGGGCACUUCACCUGUGCCUUGUGCAGUAAGGCUUACCCCAACCUCAUGUCCCUGAAGAACCACCAGCGUAUCCACUACGAAGUGAAACGCCACCAGUGUCCUGAUUGUGGCAAAGCCUUCAAGUGGCAACGGCAACUGCAGAGGCACCAGCGCCAACCUCAUCCUUGCGGAAAGGUCAUGCCAGGGCCAGAACCUGAGAGAAUUAAAGCAGAUUCUGCAAGAGAGCAGGGGAGCAACCAGGGAGAGGUGUCCGUUGGCACUUUGCAGGGUCAGCUGCGCCCCAAACGCUUUCUCAGCCGCACUUCCCAGAAGAACCACAGUCGCAUGCGUGCAAAGAAACGUUUGGAGUGCUCAGAUUGCGGCAAGGCUUACCGGGCCUCCAGGGAUCUGAUGCACCACCUAAGAAGGCAUCAAGCUGAGGAAGCAGGGGACAGUACUAAGGGCUUAGUGGCAGCCAGCAAGCUGCUGGAGGACCAGCCUUACGAGUGUCAUAGUUGUGAGCGGACGUACCGCCAUCCUGGUAGUCUGCUUAAUCACAAGAAGGCCCAUGCGACUGGCCUCUACCACUGCCCCACGUGCCAGAAGGAUUUCUACAAUCUUCUGGCUCUCAAGAACCACCUUCACAUCCACACGGACAAGAGACGCCACCGAUGCCCCCACUGUGGCAAAGCCUUCCGGACGGCCAAGCGGUUGGCCACCCACACCAAGGUCCACAGUAGGUCUAAGGAAGAAGAGACCUUCUCUUGCACCAUCUGCUCAAAGAGGUUCUUCCAGCAACUUACCUUCCAGCAGCAUCAGUUGUUACAUGCCAAGGAUGAUGGGCAUCAUGCCCUCGAGGGCAGUAUCACAGGGGGAGGGAGCUGAGGGUUGUUAGCACAUGUGUGCAGGUGCACCAAGGAUUGUAUGGCAGGGAGAUCCAAUUACAGGGAAAUGAUCAAGGUUGGGUGGGAAGCUGUCUGCAUGGGAACAAUUGUCCGUGCGUUGAAAAAAGGGAAAGAUGAUACUUGGUCACAGAUGGGGGCAUCGGGCUGCAUCAAUGGGAGAAAAUACAAGGAAAAUUGGAUCCAUGAUUCCCCAGUGUUUUUAGAACAUAGAUCAGGAAAAUUAAGCUGGGAUGGGAUGGAAUAGAGCAGGCAGGGUGGGAUGGUGGUGAAUUUUCUCCUGUAAUGGAAUGUUACGUUGAGCACAUAACACAUCUCCAUUGUGUCUCUUGGAAAUAUGUCCCUAUGACAAGUCUUAUCUUUUCCAUCUGGGAUCCUAUUUGGGGACCUGAAUUUUAGCACCCUUGGGAACUUCAGAAGAUUGUGCUUAAACAUUCUACUAUUUGAGUUCUUGAGCUGUUUUCUAUACUUUUAAAUCCUUUUGGGAAGUCAGAUGAGUAGCUAACUCCAUGUUUAAGCUGCAUAUGGUAUUUAAAUUACUGUUGUUUUUUUAAUGGCAAAAGUACUGUCUUAUGGGGUAAACAAAAAUACUGGGGGCGGGUCUCAGUUUUGUUACUGAACAGAGACUUAAAGA